AUGGAUUCGUCACCAAACUCGACGUUCAUUCCUCCCUCCGUUCCUCUUGUCACGUCUGCCGGGCCUGGCACGGCGGCCAACAGCCUCGUUGGUGGGCUCACUGCCCUCGGCCUGUACGGAUUCUUCUGUGCCUUGUUCGGUCUGAGCAUCCAUAUAUUAUUUCGACGCAGACAAGAACACGUUAACUACUUCCUCUUGACUGCCUCUGUCCUCAUUUUCGUUUUGACCACCCUUGUUACGGUUCUGGAGUGCAAUCGGCUUCUCCUUGGACUUCUGUUCACCCCGCCUGGCCUUACACCCGACAUCUACUUUUCCGGCGCUGGGACAUGGACGUACGCUCUGCAACUCAGUGGGUGCAUGGCCAACAUACUGGUGGCUGAUGCUGUCAUGCUGUACAGAGUUUGGGUGGUGUGGGGAAAGCGUUGGUCCUUCGUGGUGGUGAACGCAAUUCUAUGGUUUGCUACACUAGGGAGCGCAAUCCGUGUUAUCCAGUUGGAAGUUAAUGGAGUUAGGAAUCCUGUCGAUUUCGCAAAUCUACUCCUCCUCGCUCACUGGUCCACUGCUGUGCCGGCUCUCAGCCUCGGGCAAACAGUGAUUGCCACGGCACUCAUUUCUUUCAGACUAUAUCACGUAGAACGUUCCGUCGCUGGUGUCAGUCGCAAAUCGCUAUACCCAAUUAUGCGCAUUGUCAUCGAGUCAGGAGCGAUUUACACGGUUCUCAUGAUCAUUGAAACGGUGACACAAGCUGUGCCCAACGCCAUCUCAGCGUCCCUUCUCUUCUUCCAGCUGAUAUCUCCCUGUAUUGGCAUUACCUUCUCUUUGAUUGUCGUGCGCGUCGGCCUCGGCAUUUCCAAAGGCACUCCAUUGCCUAAAGGCAACGGUGGUUUCUCCUCGAAUUCUGAUCCAAUCAAUUUCUCCGUAAGGCGGACCGGCGAUACGCAAGGAGGUGUUGCGUACGACGAUGCUUCUAUGUUGGAAGAAGGUGACGAGGGGCUGGAAAUGAAAGGACUGGGCUCCUCUGGCAACGCCGUAAAUCGCUACACCAGCCGCAAACUUACCUAUUAG